CCACCCUCCACAUUCCUCCAGGACAAAAAGCAGCCAGUCCCUGCCUCUCCCAUCUCUGUGAAGAGACCGGCUUCUAACAGACAGCGCUGGGCUGACUUGCCAUCAUGCCAGGUCUGCUCAGUCUCCCAACGCUUUGCCACUUCCUUCUCCCUUGGGCCUUCGCCAUCCUCCACAAAGCCCUGGGGGACGCAGCACCCCACCCUGGUCCCCACUACCUCCUGCCCCCCAUCCACGAGGUCAUUCACUCUCAUCGUGGAGCCACGGCCACGCUGCCCUGCGUCCUGGGCACCCCGCCUCCCAGCUACAAGGUCCGCUGGAGCAAAGUGGAGCCCGGGGAGCUCCGGGAAACGCUGAUCCUCAUCACCAACGGCCUGCACGCCCGGGGCUACGGGCCCCUGGGGGGGCGUGCCAGGAUGCGGAGGGGGCACCGGCUGGACGCCUCCCUAGUCAUCGAGGGCGUGCGCCUGGAGGACGAGGGCAGGUACCGCUGUGAACUCAUCAACGGCAUCGAGGACGAGAGCGUGGCGCUGACGCUGCGCCUGGAGGGAGUGGUGUUUCCGUACCAGCCCAGCCGGGGCCGGUACCAGUUUAAUUACUACGAGGCGAAACAAGCGUGCGAGGAGCAGGACGGGCGUCUGGCCACCUACGCCCAGCUGUACCAGGCGUGGACCGAGGGCCUGGAUUGGUGCAACGCGGGCUGGCUGCUCGAGGGCUCGGUGCGCUACCCGGUGCUCACGGCGCGCGCCCCGUGCGGCGGCCGGGGGCGGCCGGGGAUCCGCAGCUACGGGCCCCGAGACCGGAAGCGCGACCGCUACGACGCCUUCUGCUUCACUUCGGUGACUGCAGGCCACGUGUUCUUCGUGCCGGGGCGGCUGACGCUGUCCGAAGCGCACGCGGCGUGCCGGCGACGCGGGGCCACGGUGGCCAAGGUCGGGCACCUCUACGCCGCCUGGAAGUUCUCGGGGCUGGACCAGUGCGACGGCGGCUGGCUGGCGGAUGGCAGCGUGCGCUUCCCCAUCACGUCGCCGCGGCCGCGCUGCGGGGGCCUCCCCGACCCCGGCGUGCGCAGCUUUGGCUUCCCGCGAGCCCAGCAGGCGGCCUUCGGGACCUACUGCUACUCGGAGUAG